GUGGCAAAACGCCCCGUAGAAAAACUGGUUAUUUUGGAUGCUUGAGAGUAGCUAACGUUCAUGCAGUAAAAGACUUCAGUCGGCGAGAGCUGGACGUUUUCAUAGAAAAUAAAUAUUGUCUUGUGAAAUGUUCACAAGAGAAGAAAAGUUUUUGCCUGGGUGAGCAAGGCCAAAGCCUGCAGUACCAUGGCAUGUCCAGAGGAGGAAGAGGUGGAAGUGACCCGGGUUGUAGGGCUGAUGAAGAGGCUGUACUCGCGUGAUGACAGCCCUCUGUCCCAGGAUGAGCUGGACUGCCUCACACAGAACAGCGAAGAGCGGCCCUUUCUGGUGACCCAUCACCUGCGUGGAGUGAGGGAGGGUGGCGUGCCGCUGCUGCUUCAGGGGACUCCUGUGACCUGCCGGGUGAACAGCACGGAGAGAUACACCACGCGCUCCAAGGUGCGUGUCUGUACUCUAUACACAGUCAAGCUCACACAUGGUCAGUUCACCUGGACUGUGAAGAGAAAGUACAAGCACUUCCAGGAGCUGCACCGCGACCUGUACAAGCACAAGAUCCUGUUAAACCUCCUGCCACUUGGAAGAUUUGCAGCUCAGAGGCAGCAGCUGGAAGCCAUGUCAGAGGAAAUGCCCAGUCUGCAUGGUUCUGAGAGAGGCAGAAGAACUUCCAGCAAGCCGAAAUACCUGGAGGAAUACCUGAGCAACCUGCUAGAAAACAACUUCUGCCGGAACUACCAUGGCAUGCUGGAGUUUCUGGAUGUCAGUCUGCUUUCCUUCAUCAAAGAUCUUGGGCCCAAGGGUUUGGAGGGCUUCAUCCUGAAGAGGUCAGGUGGUCAUCGGAUCCAGGGCCUGAACUGCAUCGGACACCACCAGUUCUGCUAUCGGUGGUCACGGCGCUGGCUCGUGGCCAAAGACUCCUUCCUGCUUUACAUGAAGAGGGAGGCGGGAGAAAUCUCAUUUGUGCUGCUCUUCGACCCGGAGCUCAAGGUCCAAGUGGGCCGCUGCUACACGGACACCAAGUACGGCGUGUGCAUCCAGAACUUUACACGAAACCUGGUCAUUAAGUGCAGCAGUUACAGACAGGCCCAGUGGUGGAGCCAUGAGAUCCGCAGGCUGGCAGAACCAUGUGACUUCCUGCAGACACACAGAUUCCAGGGGUUUGCCCCACCCCGGGAGAACACACUCACCAAGUGGUAUGUGAAUGGCAGUGGCUACUUUUCAGACUUAGCUGAUGCUCUGGAGCAGGCCAAAGAGGAAAUCUUCAUCACAGACUGGUGGCUCAGCCCUGAGAUUUACCUGAAGAGGCCUGCCACAGACAACUAUUGGCGCCUGGACGAAAUCCUCAAACGCAAAGCAGAUCAGGGUGUGAAGGUCUGUGUGCUGCUGUACAAGGAAGUGGAGCUGGCCCUGGGCAUCAACAGUGACUACAGCAAAAGGACCCUCAUGAACAGGCACCCCAACAUCAAGGUCAUGCGUCAUCCAGACCACGUCUCCGCCAUCAUCUUCCUUUGGGCGCACCAUGAGAAGAUGGUGGCCAUUGACCAAACAGUGGCCUUUGUGGGCGGGAUUGACCUGGCCUAUGGGAGGUGGGACGACAGUCACUACCGGCUAUCAGACCUGGGUGCUGCACCGACACCCCAUAAAAUCCAGGAGGCGGGGCCUGAGGCUGGUGACGUGGUUGACCAGGGUUCUCAUGAGCCAGCCAGUCAGCCCCUGGAAACAGAAGUGAAACCAAGUGGCCCAGGGGAUCUGACAGGCAACACUCAACUGUGGCUGGGCAAAGACUACAGCAACUUCAUCAAUAAGGACUGGGUCCAUCUGGACCACCCAUUUGAGGACAACAUCGACCGGACCCAGGUGCCUCGCAUGCCUUGGCGUGACCUGGCCACCGCGCACCACGGGAAGGCAGCCAGAGACCUUGCCCGCCAUUUCAUCCAGAGAUGGAAUUUCACAAAGAUCUUCAAGAACAAGUAUAAAGACCACUUCUACCCCUGUCUGCUUCCAAAAUCCAACAGCACAGCAGAUUGUCUGCCCUUCACGGUCCCUGGAAGCAAGCAGGCAUCAGUGCAGGUGCUGCGUUCUGUGGAUCGCUGGUCUGCUGGGACGUGUGAGAGCUCCAUCCACAACGCUUACAUCCAUACCAUAGAAAACAGUGAGCACUACAUCUAUAUUGAGAAUCAAUUCUUCAUCAGCUGUGCAGAUGGGAAGAAUGUACACAAUGGCAUUGGUGAUGCCAUAGUGAACAGGAUUCUGCGGGCACACAGUGAACAGAAGAAGUACCGGGUGUUUGUGGUGAUUCCCCUGCUGCCUGGGUUCGAGGGUGACAUCAGUGCAGGGGGAGGUAAUGCCAUCCAGGCCAUUCUCCACUUCACCUAUAGGACCAUAUGCCGAGGGGAUUUUUCCAUUCUGGCCAGACUGAAGGAGCACAUGCAGGACCAGUGGAGCCAGUACAUCUCCCUGUGUGGCGUGCGCACUCACUCCCAGCUGGCUCAGUCCCUGGUCACGGAGCUCAUCUACGUCCACAGCAAGAUGAUCAUCGCCGAUGACCGCCGCUACAUCGUUGGCUCAGCCAAUAUCAAUGACCGCAGCAUGCUGGGUAGUCGGGACAGUGAGCUGGCAGUGCUGGUGGAGGACACGGAGAGGGUGCCGUCCCGUAUGGGGGGCGAGGAGUACCAAGCAGGGCCCUUGACUCUUGCCCUGCGCAUGGAGUGCUUCAGAGUCCUCUUGGCAGCAGAUUCAGAACCUUGCAUUGACAUCCAGGACCCAAUCAGUGAUGAGUUUUUUGAGGUGUGGAACAAGACUGCCGAAUCAAAUGCCAUGAUUUAUGACAAGGUCUUCCAGUGUCUGCCCACCGACUCUAUCCACAGCCUGCGUGCACUAAAGGAACUGUCUUCAGUGGAACGUUUGUGUGAUACAGACCCUGAACGUGCUAGAGAGGAACUGGAAGCAAUCAAAGGCCUCCUGGUCCACUUCCCCCUCUGCUUCCUAUCUGAGGAGAACCUCAUGCCUCCACUCAGCAGCAAGGAGAGAAUGGUUCCCAUGGACGUCUGGACCUAAAGGGCAACACAUUAUUAUGCCGAGUCAAUGCAAAGCAUGUUGGGAGUGACAGCUGUCUAUAAUGCUACAGUGGACUGCUUCACUUUAAAUUUAAUGUAACACUCACCUUUCUCACCCACCUCUUCUAUAAGGGCAAAAACUGCCAAACAUGAACAAAGUCAACAGAUUUUACAUUAAAAAUAUAACACACAUAGAAGACAAACUUGUACAAAGAAAUUGCUCAGGUCUUUUGUGUUCAUUAACCAACUCAUCCCGAAAAUAAUUUGUUUACAAAAUUUCUAUAUGGAACCAAUCCUAAUUGGCCCAUGUAUGUGUAUUUAAAAAUGUAAAGAAAUGAACUAAAGGUAUAUUAUGAUAACUUUUGUGAGAGAUUCAGAACAUAAAACCUAGAGAGGCUGUGUUUUUAUACACUAGAGCUAUAGAUACUCCAAGAUAUUUGCAUCCCUUUAUUGAUUAUUUGAAACCUUCCUCUGAAGAUUCAGUUGGGAGUAUGAUUAAGGUAAAUGGUAAAUGGACUGCAUUUAUAUAGCACAUUUAUCCAAAGCGCUUUACAAUUGAUGCCUCUCAUUCACCCAUACACACACUCACACUCACACACCAACGGUGAAAGGCUGCCAUGCAAGGUACCAAUCAGCUCAUUGGGAGCAUUUAGGGGUUAGGUGUCUUGCUCAGGGACUGCCCAGGGUGGGGAAUUGAACCAACAACCCUCCGACUGCCAGACAACCGCUCUUACCUCCUGAGCUAUGUCGCCCCACAUAAGGAAAAUCUUUCAUCAAUAAUUGAUUUUUGUGGACCAAAGACAGGAUUUAAUGUGAUGUGAUUAGUGUGGUUUCCAGUUAAACCCUUCAACUCAUUGCAGGGUACAGCUUGCCAUGACAAAUUAUUGAUGUUGAGACAACUAUGGGCACCCUGACCUGUUCCUUGCUGUACCACCAUUUCAAUGUUAAUGCAAUGUAAUGUUUAAAUGGCAUGAUAAGUGUGAAACAUUGCCAUGAGAUUAUGCUCUUUGAGUCCUGAAUUUUCAUUACACUACAGUAUACACUAUCUGGACAAUAAAUCUGACACAAGCCUCAUCUCUUAAUUCAUAAUGUGUAUCAAAAGGGAGAAAGUGGAAAGAACCGUGUGAGGCUGAAGAGCAGAGGAAGAAAUUCUCAACCUAAAACCUAAAAUUUAGAUAUUAGAUAUUCAGGAUAGAGAGAGGAACAGAAUAUAUCAUGUUGUACGGAUGUAAGUGACUUGAAGUUAUUUUAUAAUUAUAUAAAAUUUGUGGAAAUCUG